CACAGUUCAAGCAUGGAGGCCAAGGCAUACUUCCUUCUUUUACAAGUGCUUCUUUGCACAUCUUUACUUGCUCAGGCCGACGUCCUCCCGCCGGCGGAGGGACCUCGUCCGCCGCCGCCGCACCACCACUACCGCCGCGGCCACCACCACCCACGUCCGAUUCACGCGCCCUCAUCCGCACCAUUACCGCAAUCGCCUCCUCCCAAGUCACCACCUCCUCCUACUCCCUACUCUCACCCACCGCCGCCUCCUACCCACCCUCCUCCACCACCACCACCGGCAAAGUCGCCGCCACCAAAAUCACCACCACCGCCAAAGUCACCGCCACCAAAAUCACCACCACCGCCAAAGUCACCGCCACCAAAAUCACCACCGCCGCCAAAGUCGCCGCCGCCGCCGCUACGGAGGGUUGUCGUCCAAGGCAUGGUGUAUUGCAAGUCAUGCAAGAAUAAGACACAGCCCACACUUACUGGAAUCUUCAGGGCCGAGGUGAGGCUUCAAUGCAUUUAUCCGAGGUACAGUUUCAUAGAGAUCACCAAAACAAAUAACGUCGGCUACUUCUACUUCAUGACAAAUAAAAUAAAUGCCGACACCGCCAAGUAUUGUCGGGUUUAUCUAAAGUCUUCUCCGCUGGCCAAGUGUAAUAUUAAGACAAAUCUCAACGGGGGCACCACCGGAGCUGUCUUGAAAAUGACAAAAAAACAGCCGCCCGUCUCGAGUGGCCUCACUGCCUACGACGUCGGGCCCUUUACUUUUGUUUCGCAGAAGAACUGCAAUUAGAAAGAUUAUAAUUUGAUACUUUCUAAAUUAAGAACAGUUUGAUUUUAAAGCUGGUUCGAAUUAAGGCAGCAUGGCUUUGUUUGUUAGGUUUGAUUAAUAAUGUCUAAUCAGUUAUGUUGUGUUGUGAUGUGCUGAAGGAUGAAAUGGUGUUCUAAUAAAGUUGGAAUUCUUGUCUUCUA